AUGAGGAUCUGUUCAUCAGUUGGCCAGCCGGCCAGUUCGGUAGCCAACCUGGCCUGGCUGACCGCCCCAAGUCCGAGUCACGCAUUCCCAUUUCGGCUUGACCAGUCGACUGGUUUGGCCAGCGUCCAAAUUCCCACUCCCCAGGCCAGGCCCUCACCGGCUCAUACGCCCGGGGCCCCGUCAACCCGUCAGCCGGACACACAAACAGCACACGAACUCUCCCAUUCUCCCCCCUUCAGAGCGAUUCGGACGGACUCAAUUCCAUCCAGCCCGAGUCGCCAUCUUCAUCCGCCUCUGUCGCAGGCCCCACUUGUCUCAUCGCGAUGGCCUGAGAUGGGAGUGCCAGACGAGCCGGACUCCCAACUAUGCGGAAAUACAUGCGGGGCAAAUGACAUAACCGGGCUCCUGGGAAAUCCGUACUUCGCUCUACUGACCGCUUCGUGUCCGGCCGUCUGUCUUUAUUCCGUUUUGCCAGUGGCCACGUCGCUAAAUCUAUCACCCAGCAAUUGGGAAGACGGCAACUAUGGUGAUCUGGGGGUGUUUAGACCAGCUACCCCUCCCCCACCAUCUCUUCAAUUGGGCCAACUCAUGAUCCAUCGGCUCGUGUAA